AUGUCGGCCACGUCCCCUGACUCUGCACCUCAAUUCCCCUCUGGCAUUCCCGAUCCACCAAUCUUCCAGAAACUAGGUCCAAAGGACAGAGCCCGUUUACGACAAAACAUUGAACACCAAUUCAUCGCCAACAUGACUACCGAGCAAACCUUCAUUGCUGUCAAGCCUGAUGGUGUUCAGCGUGGCCUGAUCGGCCCCAUCAUCACCCGCUUCGAGAACCGCGGCUUCAAGCUCGCAGCCAUCAAGAUGGUGACUCCCUCCAAGGAGCACCUCGAGAAGCACUACGCCGAUCUCUCCGACAAGCCCUUCUUCCCCGGUCUAAUUGCCUACAUGGGCUCCGGCCCCGUCUGCGCCAUGGUCUGGGAAGGUCGCGACGCCGUCAAGACCGGCCGCUCCAUUCUCGGUGCCACCAACCCCCUCGCCUCCGCGCCCGGCACCAUCCGUGGCGACUACGCCCUCGACGUUGGCCGCAACGUCUGCCACGGCUCCGACUCCGUCGAGAACGGCAAGAAGGAGAUUGCUCUCUGGUUCAAGGAGGGUGAAGUGCAGAGCUGGAAGAGCGCUCAGCACGACUGGGUUUACGAGAAGUAG